ACUUUGCCCUACACGAUGAUAUCAACUUUAGCUACCUUUCCUCCGUUUCUGCACAAGGAUAUUAUUGAAUAUCUCAGCACAUCUUUUCUACCAAUGGCUAUAUUGGGCUCCUCAAGGAGAGAAGGUGUUCCUGCCCAUGUUAAUCUCUCCGCAUCAUCCAUGCUAAUGAUUGCAAUGCAGUACACAUCCAAUCCAGUAUAUCACUGUCAAUUAUUGGAAUGCCUCAUGAAAUAUAAACAAGAAGUCUGGAAAGAUCUUUUGUAUGUGAUAGCCUAUGGGCCUUCACAGGUGAAACCUCCAGCUGUGCAAAUGCUGUUCCAUUACUGGCCCAAUUUAAAACCUCCUGGGGCAAUAAGCGAGUACAGGGGCUUACAGUACACAGCUUGGAACCCCAUCCACUGCCAGCACACUGAAUGCCACAACGCAAUUAACAAACCAGCUGUGAAGAUGUGUAUAGACCCCUCCUUGUCUGUAGCUUUGGGUGAUAAACCACCCCCAUUGUAUCUCUGUGAAGAAUGCAGCCAGAGGAUUGCAGGGGACCACAGUGAAUGGUUGAUUGAUGUUCUUCUGCCGCAAGCUGAAAUAUCUGCUAUAUGUCAGAAGAAGAACUGCAGUUCGCACGUUAGGAGAGCUGUUGUCACCUGCUUUUCAGCAGGGUGUUGUGGUCGUCACGGAAACAGGCCUGUUCGGUACUGCAAAAGAUGCCACUCAAAUCAUCACAGUAACGAACUGGGGGCUGCCUCGGAGACCCACCUCUAUCAGACCUCCCCUCCACCCAUCAACACUCGGGAAUGUGGUGCCGAGGAACUUGUCUGCGCCGUGGAGGCCGUGAUUAGCUUGUUGAAAGAAGCCGAGUUCCAUGCUGAGCAGCGGGAACAUGAGCUCAAUCGCCGGCGGCAGCUGGGCCUCUCCUCUUCCCACCAUUCCCUGGAUAACACUGACUUUGACAACAAAGAUGAUGAUAAACACGACCAGCGGCUACUCAGUCAAUUUGGAAUAUGGUUCUUAGUGAGCCUCUGCACGCCCAGUGAGAACACCCCUACGGAAAGCUUGGCCAGGCUGGUGGCCAUGGUGUUUCAGUGGUUUCACUCCACAGCAUAUAUGAUGGAUGAUGAAGUUGGAAGUUUAGUGGAAAAGCUGAAGCCUCAGUUUGUCACCAAGUGGUUGAAGACAGUAUGUGAUGUUCGCUUUGAUGUCAUGGUCAUGUGCCUUCUUCCCAAACCAAUGGAAUUUGCCAGGGUUGGUGGAUACUGGGAUAAGUCCUGUAGCACAGUGACUCAGUUGAAGGAAGGUCUCAACCGAAUCCUCUGCCUAAUUCCCUACAAUGUGAUCGGUCAGUCCGUGUGGGAGUGUAUCAUGCCAGAAUGGCUGGAAGCCAUCAGAACAGAAGUCCCAGAUAAUCAGUUAAAAGAAUUCAGGGAAGUAUUAAGCAAAAUGUUUGACAUUGAGCUUUGUCCUCUACCUUUUUCAAUGGAAGAGAUGUUUGGCUUUAUUAGUUGUCGGUUCACAGGAUACCCUUCCUCUGUGCAGGAACAAGCUUUACUGUGGCUUCAUGUAUUAUCAGAGUUAGACAUCAUGGUUCCACUUCAACUAUUAAUCAGUAUGUUUUCUGAUGGAGUUAAUUCUGUCAAAGAACUGGCAAAUCAAAGAAAAUCAAGAGUCAGUGAACUGGCAGGGAACCUUGCAGCUCGAAGGGUGAGUGUUGCCUCUGAUCCUGGUCGACGAGUUCAGCACAAUAUGCUGAGUCCAUUUCAGAGUCCUUUUCAGAGUCCAUUUCGGAGUCCUAUGCAUAGUCCAUUUCGUAGUCCUUUCAAGAAUUUUGGACAUCAAGGAGGAAGGACUAUUGACUUUGAUUGUGAAGACGAUGAAAUGAAUCUAAAUUGUUUCAUCCUCAUGUUUGAUCUUCUCCUGAAGCAGAUGGAGUUACAAGAUGAUGGGAUCACGAUGGGCUUAGAGCACAGCUUAUCAAAGGACAUUAUUUCCAUUAUAAACAAUGUCUUCCAAGCCCCCUGGGGGGGCUCCCACACCUGCCAGAAGGAAGAAAAAGCAAUUGAGUGUAACUUAUGUCAGUCUAGUAUUCUCUGCUAUCAGCUUGCUUGUGAGCUCCUGGAGAGACUGGCUCCCAAAGAAGAAAGCCGGCUGGUGGAGCCCACAGACAGCCUUGAGGAUAGCCUCCUUUCUUCCAGACCAGAGUUUAUUAUAGGCCCGGAAGGUGAGGAGGAGGAGAAUCCAGCAACUAAGCAUGAGGAGAACCCAGGCAAUCGCACCGAGCCCAUGGAACAUGCUGCAAUAAAGAAUGAUACUGAAAGAAAGUUUUGCUACCAACAGCUUCCAGUAACGCUGAGACUAAUAUACACCAUUUUCCAGGAAAUGGCCAAGUUUGAAGAGCCAGACAUUCUUUUUAAUAUGCUCAAUUGCCUGAAGAUCCUCUGUCUACAUGGAGAGUGUUUAUACAGUGCUAGAAAAGAUCAUCCUCAAUUUUUAGCCUACAUUCAGGAUCACAUGUUGAUUGCAAGCCUGUGGAGAGUCGUCAAAUCUGAAUUCUCCCAGCUAUCUUCAUUGGCAGUUCCUCUCCUUCUUCACGCUUUGUCACUUCCUCAUGGUGCUGACAUCUUUUGGACAAUCAUAAAUGGCAAUUUCAACAGCAAAGACUGGAAGAUGAGGUUUGAAGCAGUGGAAAAAGUGGCUGUAAUUUGUAGAUUUCUGGAUAUUCAUUCAGUGACCAAAAACCACCUGCUGAAGUACUCCCUGGCACACGCCUUCUGCUGCUUUCUGACGGCUGUGGAGGACGUCAACCCAGCGGUGGCUACGAGGGCUGGUCUCCUGCUUGACACCAUAAAGAGGCCAGCCUUGCAGGGUCUGUGUCUUUGUCUUGACUUCCAGUUUGAUACUGUGGUUAAAGAUCGACCCACAAUAUUGAGCAAGCUUUUACUCUUGCAUUUUCUUAAGCAAGAUAUUCCUGCUUUGAGUUGGGAGUUCUUUGUCAACAGAUUUGAAACGCUUUCUUUGGAAGCUCAGCUACAUUUGGAUUGUAACAAAGAAUUUCCUUUUCCUACAACUAUCACUGCUGUGAGGACCAAUGUCGCUAAUCUCAGUGAUGCAGCACUGUGGAAGAUCAAGAGGGCUCGUUUUGCAAGGAACCGCCAGAAGAGUGUGCGUUCCCUCAGAGACAGCGUGAAAGGGCCCGCGGAAUCCAAGAGAGCGCUCUCCCUCCCUGAGACCCUAACCUCCAAAAUCCCUGUGAGGUUGACCAGGCAUGAGCAGUCUGCUCCAGCUCUCGGUGGGACACCCGAACAGAUGCCAGGCCAACAAUCCCCUGAGAAUGACAACACCAUCAAGGACCUGCUCCCCGAAGACGCUGGGAUCGACCACCAGACAGUGCACCAGCUGAUUACAGUACUCAUGAAGUUCAUGGCCAAGGAUGAGAGCAGCGCCGAGUCAGACAUCAGCAGCGCCAAGGCCUUCAACACGGUCAAGCGGCACCUGUAUGUCUUACUUGGCUACGACCAGCAGGAAGGUUGCUUCAUGAUUGCACCUCAAAAAAUGCGCCUGUCAACUUGUUUUAAUGCGUUUAUUGCAGGAAUUGCCCAAGUUAUGGACUAUAACAUUAAUUUGGGAAAACACCUUCUCCCCUUGGUGGUUCAGGUGCUCAAAUACUGCUCUUGUCCUCAACUGCGGCAUUAUUUCCAACAGCCGCCUCGUUGUUCUCUCUGGUCCCUAAAACCUCACAUCCGGCAGAUGUGGUUGAAGGCCUUGCUUGUCAUCCUUUACAAGUAUCCAUACCGAGACUGUGAUAUCAGCAAGGUCCUGCUGCAUCUGAUUCACAUAACAGUCAAUACACUCAAUGCACAGUAUCAUAGCUGCAAGCCCCAUGCCACGGCAGGACCUUUGUACAGUGACAACAGUAACAUAAGCAGAUACAGCGAAAAAGAAAAAGAAGAAGAUAGUGUUUUUGAUGAAUCUGAUAUUCAUGAUACACCUACUGGACCCUGCAAUAAAGAGUCUCAAACUUUUUUUGCAAGAUUGAAAAGGAUAGGCGGCAGCAAAAUGGUGAAAUAUCAGCCGGUUGAGAUGAAUAUUCAGAGAAGUGAAAUAGAACUGGCUGAAUAUAGAGAGAUGGGUGCAUUACAAGACAACAUUCUACACUGUGUGAGAGAAGAAAGCAUUCAGAAAAAAAAGCUGCGCUCUUUAAAACAAAAAUCUCUUGAUAUAGGGAAUGCAGACUCCCUCUUGUUUACACUAGAUGAGCACCGUAGGAAGUCCUGCAUAGACCGGUGUGACAUAGACAAGCCUCCAGCCCAAGCUGCUUAUUUCAUGCAAAGACAGCAUGACCAUGGACGGUCUAGACAGAAUUCUGCUACGAGGCCUGACAAUGCCGAAAUCCCCGAGAACCCGGCUAUGGAAGGUUUUCAAGAAGCUCGGAGGCCUGUAAUACCAGAAGUUAGGUUAAACUGCAUGGAGACAUUUGAGGUGAAAGUGGACUCCCCAAUAAAGGCUGCUCCCAAAGAGGAUUUAGAUCUGAUAGAUUUGUCCUCAGAUUCAACAUCUGGGCCUGAAAAGCACUCUACGCUCUCAACGUCGGACAGCGACUCCCUUGUGUUUGAACCUCUUCCCCCUCUCCGAAUAGUAGAGAGUGAUGAAGAGGAGACCAUGGACCAAGGGGACGAUGGUACCUCUGGUAAGGAUGCUGCUUCCUCUCCCUCCAUCCGCAACCACCCCUCUGUCCUCAGCCUCAGUACGACGCCCCUCGUGCAAGUAAGUGUGGAAGACUGUUCCAAAGACUUUUCUUCUAAGGACUCAGGAAAUGACCAGUCAGCGGGUGACAGGGACUCCCCUCUCAUAGCUCUGGAAGACCCCACAGACUCCGAAGAAUUAUCAAAGCCUGAGGAGCUGCAAGAGUUUUCCUGUGGCAGCCCGCUCACGCUUAAGCAAAAACGAGACCUCCUUCAGAAGAUGCUUGCUCUCCCUGAGAUGUCACUGGACAAUAACCCUGAGCCCAGCACCGAGGAAGGGAAGCCCGGUGGGCUGAUGCCAAGUUCAGGGGCAAAAACUGUCCUCCUCAAAGUCCCUGAAGAUUCGGAGAAUCCAAUGGAAAGUGAGAAGCCGGACGCCAGUGCUGAAUCAGACGCAGAACAGAACCCUGAAAGGAAGGCAGAAGAGGAGGGAGCUGAGGAAUCUGAAUUUAAGAUUCAGAUUGUCCCCAGGCAGAGGAAACAGAGGAAGAUUGCGGUCAGUGCCAUCCAGAGAGAGUACCUUGACAUUUCCUUCAACAUUCUAGACAAAUUGGGAGAUCAGAAAGAUCCAGAUCCCGCUACUAAAGGACUUUCAACUUUGGAAAUGCCACGAGAAUCCUCAUCUGCCCCUACAUUAGAAGCAGGUGUGCCAGAAACAAGUAGCCAUUCUUCAAUAUCAACUCAGUAUAGGCAGAUGAAAAGGGGAUCCCUGGGAGCUCUGACAAUGAGCCAGUUAAUGAAGCGACAGCUGGAACAUCAGUCUAGCGCCCCCCAUAACAUCAGCAACUGGGACACUGAACAGAUACAGCCUGGGAAACGCCAGUGUAAUGUGCCAAUGUGCCUAAACCCUGACCUGGAGGGACAGCCACUGAGAACGAGAGGUGCCACGAAAUCCAGCCUGCUGUCAGCACCCAGCAUUGUGAGUAUGUUUGUACCAGCACCCGAAGAAUUCACAGAUGAGCAGCCGACGGUGAUGACAGACAAAUGCCAUGACUGUGGGGCCAUUCUUGAAGAGUAUGAUGAGGAAACCCUUGGGCUGGCCAUUGUGGUCCUCUCCACAUUCAUUCACUUAAGCCCAGACUUGGCAGCCCCGUUGUUGCUGGAUAUCAUGCAGUCUGUGGGAAGAUUGGCAUCCAGCACAACUUUUUCUAAUCAAGCAGAAAGCAUGAUGGUCCCCGGCAAUGCAGCGGGGGUGGCCAAGCAGUUCCUGCGCUGUAUCUUCCAUCAACUGGCUCCCAAUGGCAUCUUCCCGCAGCUGUUCCAGAGCACUAUCAAAGAUGGGACUUUUUUACGGACCUUGGCCACGUCUCUGAUGGACUUCAAUGAGCUGAGCUCUGUUGCCGUCCUCAGUCAACUCUUGGAGGGUCUAAAUAACAAAAAGAAUUUACCAGCAGGGGGCGCUAUGAUACGCUGUUUGGAAAACAUUGCUACCUUCAUGGAAGCUUUGCCCAUGGAUUCUCCUAGUAGCCUCUGGACAAUCAUCAGCAACCAGUUUCAGACUUUUUUUGCCAAGCUGCCUUGUGUUUUGCCUCUGAAGUGUUCUUUAGAUUCCAGUUUGAGAAUUAUGAUUUGCCUCUUGAAGAUACCCUCUACCAAUGCCACAAGGAGUUUGUUGGAACCAUUUUCAAAACUGCUCAGCUUUGUAAUUCAGAAUGCCAUCUUCACUUUGGCCUACCUGGUGGAGGUGUGUGGCUUAUGUUACCGAGCUUUCACUAAGGAGAGGGAUAAAUUCUAUUUGUCUCGUAGUGUUGUUCUAGAACUCCUGCAGGCCCUGAAGCUUAAAUCUCCUUUACCGGAUACAAACCUCCUUCUGCUUGUUCAGUUUAUUUGUGCAGAUGCUGGAACCAAACUAGCUGAGUCAACAAUCCUGAGCAAGCAGAUGAUCGCCUCUCUACCUGGAUGCGGCACGGCGGCGAUGGAGUGCGUGCGGCAGUACGUCAGCGACGUGCUGGACUUCAUGGCAGACAUGCACACGCUGACCAAACUGAAGAGCCACAUGAAGACAUGUUCCCAGCCUCUGCAUGAAGAUACCUUUGGUGGCCAUCUCAAAGUUGGGCUGGCUCAGAUUGCAGCCAUGGAAAUCUCACGGGGCAACCACAGAGAUAACAAAGCUGUGAUUCGCUAUCUGCCUUGGCUCUAUCAUCCCCCUUCUGCAAUGCAACAAGGACCAAAAGAAUUCAUUGAGUGUGUCUCUCACAUCCGGCUGCUGUCCUGGCUGCUUCUGGGUUCCCUCACUCAUAAUGCAGUGUGUCCAAAUGCCUCCUUUCCCUGCCUGCCAAUACCUCUGGAUGCAGGUUCCCAUAUUGCAGACCAUCUUAUUGUUAUUCUGAUUGGAUUUCCAGAGCAAUCAAAGACCUCCGUGUUGCACAUGUGUUCUCUUUUCCAUGCAUUUAUCUUUGCUCAGCUCUGGACCGUAUAUUGCGAACAAAGUGCUGUAGCUACAAAUGUUCAAAGUCAGAAUGAAUUCAGCUUCACAGCGAUACUGACAGCACUAGAAUUUUGGAGUAGGGUGACACCCAGCAUCCUUCAGCUGAUGGCCCAUAACAAAGUGAUGGUAGAAAUGGUGUGUCUCCAUGUGAUUAGUUUAAUGGAGGCAUUGCAAGAAUGCAAUUCAACAAUUUUUGUCAAGCUGAUACCUAUGUGGUUGCCAAUGAUUCAGUCAAAUAUCAAGCACUUAUCUGCGGGACUCCAGCUUCGCCUCCAGGCCAUUCAGAACAACGCGGACCACCACAGCCUCAGGACGCUGCCGGGCUCCACCCAGAGCAGUGCCAGCCUGGCGGCCCUGCGCAAGUGGCUGCAGUGCACCCAGUUCAAAAUGGCCCAGGUGGAGAUCCAGUCCUCAGAAGCAGCCUCUCAAUUUUAUCCUCUAUGA